AGAUCGACUUCUCAGAGCUUGUUCUGGAGGAAAUCAUUGGCAUAGGGGGCUUCGGGAAAGUAUAUCGAGCUGUAUGGAUAGGAGAUGAGGUUGCUGUCAAGGCAGCUCGCUAUGACCCUGAUGAGGACAUCAGCCAGACCAUUGAGAAUGUCCGCCAAGAGGCCAAGCUCUUUGCAAUGUUAAAGCAUCCCAACAUCAUUGCCCUCAGGGGCGUGUGUUUGAAGGAACCUAAUCUUUGCUUGAUCAUGGAGUUUGCCCGUGGAGGAUCGCUAAAUAGAGUGUUGUCUGGUAAAAGGAUCCCUCCUGACAUUCUGGUGAACUGGGCGGUACAAAUCGCAAGGGGAAUGAACUACCUGCACGAGGAAGCAAUUGUUCCCAUAAUUCACCGUGACCUGAAGUCCAGCAACAUACUGAUACUCGAAAAGGUGGAAAAUGGAGAUCUGAGCAACAAGAUAUUGAAGAUCACGGAUUUCGGCUUGGCCAGGGAAUGGCAUAAAACUACCAAAAUGAGCGCAGCUGGGACAUAUGCCUGGAUGGCUCCUGAGGUCAUCCGCUCCUCCAUGUUCUCCAAAGGCAGCGAUGUGUGGAGUUACGGUGUGCUGCUUUGGGAACUGUUAACAGGAGAAGUACCCUUCCGAGGAAUUGAUGGUCUUGCAGUAGCAUACGGUGUUGCCAUGAAUAAACUCGCCCUUCCAAUCCCUUCCACGUGUCCAGAGCCUUUUGCCAAACUCAUGGAAGAUUGUUGGAACCCUGACCCACAUUCACGACCUUCCUUUGCCAGUAUCCUAGACCAUCUCACCGCCAUAGAAGAGUCUGGUUUCUUUGAAAUGCCCAAAGAUUCCUUCCACUCCCUGCAGGAAGACUGGAAACAAGAGAUCCAGGAGAUGUUUGAUCAGCUCAGAGCCAAAGAAAAGGAGCUGCGCACAUGGGAAGAAGAGCUGACUCGUGCUGCUGUUGAACAGAAGAACCAUGAGGAGUUGCUACGAAGGCGGGAACAGGAGCUGGCGGAACGUGAGAUUGACAUCCUGGAAAGGGAGCUCAACAUCAUCAUCCACCAGCUCUGUCAGGAGAAGCCUCGGGUGAAGAAACGCAUGGGGAAAUUCAAGAGGAGCCGGCUCAAGUUAAAAGAUGGCAACCAUAUCAGCCUGCCUUCAGAUUUCCAGCAUAAAUUCACUGUGCAGGCUUCUCCAACGAUGGAUAAAAGGAAAAGCUUGAUCAGUAGCUGCUCCAGCCCCCCUGCAAGUCCUACCAUUAUUCCCAGACUCAGGGCCAUACAGUUGACUCCUGCUGAAAGCAGUAAAACGUGGGGACGAAGCUCAGUCCUUCCAAAGGAGGAAGGAGAGGAGGAAGAGAAGAGAGGCCAGAAGAAAAAGGGACGCACUUGGGGACCGAGCUCACUUUGUCACAAGGAGCUAGGUGCAGGCGAAGAGAGUCUGAAAGCUCUGGUAGAAGGAUACAAACAGUGGUCAUCCAGUGCACCGAACCUUGGGAAGAUCCAGAGAACUGCGCCUGCUUUUCCAGGAUUCACCAGCUUAGCAGAGAUAGAUGAUGAAGACAGCGAAUGUCUCAAUGGGGAGGGCAAAGUGCACCCUUCGCCAGGGCACAAUCAGUCAUACCUCUGCAUCCCAUUUCAGAAGAAUGAAGACUGGGAUGGUCCUUCUAGUGAUGCCAAUGAGGAGUCCACCCCUGUGAACUCUGCUACUAGUACCCCGCAGCUGACACCCACCAACAGCCUCAAACGUAGUGGCUCCCACCACAAGCGAUGCGAGGUUGCGUUGCUUGGCUGUGGAGCAGUGCUGGCUGCUGCAGGCCUGGGCUUUGACCUGUUAGAAGCAGGGAAGUGUCAGCUGCUGAUUGAGGAGGAGCCAGAGGCACCCAAGGAAGAGAAGAAGAAGCGUGACAGCAUAUUCCAGCGAGCUGGGCGCCCGCGCAGGAGCACUAGUCCACCUUCCCGAAAGAUCUUCAAGAAGGAGGAUCCCAUGUUGUUGCUAGGCGAGCCAUCCACAUCCCUCACCCUUCUUUCCCUGUCUUCCAUUUCCGAAUGUAAUUCCACCCGGUCCCUGCUGCGCUCAGACAGUGAUGAGAUUGUGGUGUAUGAAAUGCCCGUCAGCCCGGUGACAGUCAAGGCUCCCUUGCCAGCCAUUACCAACCCGCUAGUCAAUGUCCAGAUUGAGAGGUUCAAACAAGACCCCAACCAGUCCCUGACCCCCACACACGUGACGCUCUCUUCCCACACCCAGCAAAGCGGGCACAGGCGCACACCUUCUGAUGGGGCCAUCAAAGGGAAUGGACUAGUUGUCAAUGGGUGCCCAACCAGUGGAUGCCCUUCCAGUAGCUGUUUAACUGGAGCACUGGGAGCAGGUGUAUUAAAAACACCUAGUCCAAGUAGAGAUCCCAAUGAGGUCCCUCGCCUGCCAGACCCCAACCUUGUUUUUCCUCCAACCCCAAGACGGUGGAAUGCACAGCAGGACCCCACACUGGAAAGACCCAAGACAUUGGAGUUCCUGCCCCGGCCACGUCCUGCAGCCAGUCGGCAGCGGCUUGAUCCCUGGUGGUUUGUGUCACCCAGCAAUGCCAAGGGUGAAUCUUCUGCCAACAGUUCAAGUACUGAUACUCCAAGCAAUCUGGACUCUUGUUUUGCUAGUAGCAGCAGCACUGUAGAAGAGAGACCUGGACUGCCUGCGCUGCUUCCUUUCCAGGUGGGUCUUCCUGUAGAGGAGCGGACACUGUUGGACAUAGAUGCUGAGGGGCAGAGCCAGGACAGCACCAUUCCGCUAUGCAGAAGUGAACUUAACACACACAAAGCUGCAGCAUAUGAACUCAAGCAAGAAUUCUGGUCUUAGUAUGAAAUCCACUGGGGACGGCGAGCCCCUCUAAAUUCAAUCCUACUUUUUGCACUGAGAAUGCACUUUGAAGACAGAUGAGAUGGAGGGAUGCUACAGAGAUCAUACGGUGCUGCCUCUGCUGAAGAUGUGUUGUUGUUUGACUGCCUGAUUUUUGUCUGCAGUUGGAUGAAACUUGGCAACUCUGAGCUGCUGACUUUUGCUGUGGGGUUUUUCUGUAGUCUUCCCUGCCCUCUUGUUGCAAUUUGAAUCUGCAAUGAGCUAAAAUUAUCAUAUCAAAGUCUUUGUUACUGACCUUGCAGGAUUUGGCACUUGCAGUAAGUAUAUUGGUAUCUAUGCUGGUAUUAAUCAGUAUUUUCAAAACUCAAAUAUUACACUACAGCAGACACCAGUGUUUGAUGUUUUCCCAAGGAGUCCAGGACAGAAACAAGUAAAUAUCUGGAGAAUACCUUCUCUGAAAUGUAUUCAGUUCAUAAGAUAGGCCUGGGAAUCAUGGUACCCCCACUGAAGGAGCAGAAGUAUCUGUCUUACACUCGCUUGCCCUCUUUUGCUCAUGUGAUAGUGCAAGGUGGAACAUUGCAGAGGAAGGGCAUGGCAUCUCAACUGAUGGAGGUCUUUGAGAACAGACCAACUAGGCUGUUGGGAAUGAGUAGGUGCAGUUGAUCCUGGCUUCAAGGCAGGUUGGAUGGACUUCAGUGAACUCUUGAGGUCCCUCUCAGCCCUAUUUUUCUAUGACCCUGUGCUUUCAAAAAGACAAGGGCUUUAUGGUAUGGCUGUUUAUUCUAGCUUGCUUUUUUGUUUCAAACUUUGAUUCCAUCAGCCUCGUUUUCCCACUCCCUGUGUCCCAGGCUCAGUAGUCAAGCUGCUUCAGCUUUGGGAAGGGAAUCAGCAGGAACUCUUUCUUUGAAGCUGUGUUAGCUUUCAGCAGUAAGUUAAGUGUCCCCUCGUUUUUUUCUUCCUACUUUUCUUCCUUUCUUAUGCUUUUUAGGAGUGGUCCUUGAAACCCAAGACUGUUCUUAUGCACACUGAUAAUUGUUUAUGGCUCUUUUGAAACUGAGGCUUGUGUUGGAUUGUGCAAACAGGAAUCCGAACAUCUGAAUUCUGUUUUAUUUUGUCACUUACUCACUGUGUGACCUUGGGCAAAUAAUGUAACCUCUGUGCCUGAAUUUCCCCAUCUGUAAAUAAUAGGGAUAAUACCUACCUCACAGGGGGAGGGGUUGGGACAGAAGUAAUAGGUAUAAAGUCCUUUGAGAUCUUUGAGUGAAAGGCACUAUAGACAUGUAAAACUUUAUUCUUGUUCAAAUAUGUAAAAACUCCUCAUCCUGGAGCAAGAACCUGUCUUGAAGGAGGAGGUCACACAGAUCAGGUGUGCCUGUGCUCACAGCUUUCUGCACAGAGGCUGCCAGGGUGUCCGUGUCUCUGCAGGUGCAUCUUAAUGGCUUUGGUGACAGCUUCACUCUUUCCCAGUUUUGGCAAGAUAAAUAAGGUGCGUGGCCUUUAUGCGAGUGUAAUAGGGUAGUCUGCUUUAUUGCAGGGUACAGAGUGUCUGUUCAUUCUUUUUGUACAGAUCUGUGCUCGUUUUGCUAAUGGACUGACCAUUUGGGUGCAAAUAACCAAUUUGAAAGUGCUGCCAAUGCAGCGCUCAACCUGUUAGGGAAGUCCAGUCCCUAGGCAGUGAAGAUGAAUACUUUCCUGCAGCUGUCAGCACAGAGAACCUGAGUGUUUAGAUGUUUGUAACCUCAUAUUAAAAACCAGCAUGUGUGGGGAAGUACUGUACUUAAUUUUCUUUAAUUCUUUUUGAGGUCUAGAAACCAGCAUGUUGCCAUUAGUCAAGUGCACCCUUUAUCUCAAGCGGUUGCAGUAUGCUUUCGUGUAGAAAGGUCACUCAUUUCUUGUUUAUCAUGUUCCAUGAAAUGUGUUUAAUGGCAGAAGUACUUUUUACUUUCCUAUUGAAUGCUGCAGAGCUGGCCUGAAUAACGCCGUGCUAGCUGCUGAGGCUGGAUAGGCUAUUGACUGUGUAGACAAGGUAUUCUGGGGUGGGGCUAAGAUGCUUACGUUUCCAGCACUUUUGUUAAAUGUAAAUCUUUAACAUUGUUGAUUUCUUAAGCAUUCAUCCUAUUGCUUUCCAUUUCUGAAAACUCAGUUUGUGAUCCUGAAACUAAAAAAAGAAAAAGGCAAAACCUAUCCAAACAGAUGGUUCAUUUCGAUUGUGGUGUAGAAAUAAGUGCAAGGAAAGCCCAGUCAGAGGGACAUGAAGCAGGAGAUUAAAAUUAUGUGGUUUUCCUAGUCUGUCUUACUAUUCUAAAAAGUCUGAAACAAAACUGGAUGAGCUGUUCUGAUAUGUAAUGUUUUCUAUGCCAAAAGUAUAAUUACAAAAGUCAUAGCAAGCAUCCUCUGCUUUGCAAAGACAUCAUCUGGAAUAGCUCCAUUCAAUCAGAAAUCUUUUAACACCCAUUUACCUGUGUGGAAUGGGAGGUUACAUUUCUAGGUCACAUUGGUUUAACUCAGACCACUAAGCUUCCUCAUAGUUCAUGAGUUGCUUUCAUCAAGUAAGGUUUCUGUCAAGUUUCCAGCAAGCAAGACAGCUCCAAAGCCAAGUUGUUCUGGCACGUCUUUUGCUUUGGAAAGUUGAGGAUGAGCUAUCAAAACCCCUUCCCCCUAUCUCCCCUUGAGGUAGUCACUUGGUGAAGGUGGAGUGUAGCUGACCUAUUAGAGGUAUUAUGCUCUAGAGAGCAUUUUUCCUAACACAAAAUGGACAUUGCUACAUCAAAGGAACUGGGCAGGAUUGAUGACAAGGGGUCAAGGCUCUAGAUCAGGGUUUCCAACAUAGGUAUUCCCUGUUGCAAAGCUGCCAGAAAGACUAGGUGGAAGCAUAAUUUGGGUUUGUGUGGGUUUGGUGUGGUGUUUUCUUUUGGAUUUGUUUGGUUUUGUUUUUUUUUUUUUUUUAAACAGUCCUUGGAUGCAAUUACCUUCAUUGAACCUAGCAUGUGAAAUAAAAUGAGGUAGUCUUUAAGCACCAACCCAUAACUGUCUUCCAGUCGGGAGCCCUGUGACUAACCUCUGAGGUAUUGGGCAAGAGCAGUCUGUUGCUAUCAUUUCAGCAGGUGGUGGGGUAUUCUCUGACAGGCAGAGGGGGGCUCUCAAGGCAAAGAGUUGUCUGGGGUUUUACCUUAUGUGUCCCAAAAGCUGUUGCAACUGGUGUCCUGAGGCCAGAGGCUCUGUGGGUGUUUGAGCUAGAUCCUAACCUCUCCCAUCCUGGCUUGAUUUCUCUCCUUCCUUAAUCUGUUGGGUUUUUUCCUUCCCAGCUGUGGGAGCUGAGGUGCUCCAGAUCUCCAACAAGAGGGCUUCACUGUAGUCCACAAGACACUGAGAAGAUACGAGCCAGUCAGCUCACAAAUCUUUUUUUUCUACUGGUUACUGGUAUUCCCAUUUGUCAAUGAGACAAGUUUCAUAAUUAUGUUAAUUGACAUACCUUUCUAGCAGUGUUCUUGAGGAAGAUGGUGAAAAUCUUGCUAUAAAAAAAAAAUCUAAUAAAUAUAUUGUUUCUUAAAUAUCUGAAUAAGUUGCACUUUUUUCUUUCUGAGAAAAUGAGAAAAAGAUAAGAAGAGAGCACAAAAUCACUGAGCAGUCUCAAACAUAAUGACAAAAGAAUGGGGUAAAAUAUGUUAAAGAAGUGACAAAUUUUUUAACUGAUAGUAGUAAGAUUGUUGCUGAGAAUUUUCUGUUCUGGAAAUAGAUAUGUAUUUUCUUUCAAAUAGUCAGCUGGCAGUAUAUAUUACUAAUUUAUGUUACUGAUGUGCUGAUUUAGGAAAUAGAAAAAAAAUUGCCAGCCCUUCAAAAUAUGCUGCCCUUGUAGCCUGUUUGUUUUUCCUGUAAAGUUGGAAGGAAAGCACAGACAUAGCAACCAGUGCAAAAAUGACAAAUUCUUUGAUAAAUUUCUACUGGUUUCACAGAAGUUGAGUGUGGGACAGGUAGAGAGAAGAAAGCUUUUGUGUCAAAACUAAAGUGAUAAUAGUUAUGGAUUUUUUCUAAUACUGUUGCUUCCUAUGGACUGCACAGUGCUCUGUUUUGCCAGCAAGUAGUCUUAUCUCCCUUCAAUACUCUUUAGAGGUGCAAAUGUAACUUUUUAUGGGUUUGGUUUUUUCCAUGAGAUUAUUAUUGCAGUGGGUUGAUGCCCAGUAUGGGGCAGGGAACCUCAGGAAAAUAUUCUUUUUGUAAUGGUUUGAAAAUACUCAUUUUGUUAGAGAAGUGAAUUUUUCAUUAUUGAUGUGGAAAGACCAGUUCUGGUUUGGCAUGCUUUUAUGAUGAAGUAUUUUUCUGUACCUCUAGGAAUGGGAGUAGUUGUCUUCCUCUUCAUAGCAUGCUGCUAUUUUAAGACUUUAUGGACAAGACUGCAUAGAGAUGUUACUUCGAUUUUUCGUGAUGCCGGAUACCUCUCUUUCUGUUGAAGGUGAGGCAGUAAUGGUCAAGUAAAUAAAGGUGUUUGUCAUCCAGAGUAUUCUGUUAAAUAGAAAAUGACAGGAAACCUUCCAUCGUGAGUCACCUUUCUAUCUUGACCUUAACUUUUAUUUGAAACUUAAUUCAUCUCUGUGGGAUGAAUAUGGGAGCUGGAGUCCCAUUAGAUUUAUGGAACCAAACCUAAUACUGUAUCCCAAAAUUCAAGGAUAGUCUGUUACUUUUGUAAGUCAUUUUAAGCUAAUAUCACGGGGUUUGUUUCUUUUGGGGUUUUUGAAACCUCUCUUUGUGGAAGAAGUGCUUACUGCUUUCUAACCUUUUCCAUGCAUUUAGGAAAUAUUCUCAAGAGCUCUUAUCAACUCUGUGGCAAAUAAGGCUUUUAUCUUGCAGGGUGAUACAGGUCCUCCUUUUGGUUUCACUUUUUUCAGCUCGAGACAAGGAUGCCUAUAUUUAGAAAUGAAGUUUUCUGAUCCUUAUCCUAUCACUGCAAAGCAGUUUCUUAGCUUUUAUAUUUAUAACUCACUCAAGUCUAUAAUUUGGGUAAAACUGGACAGUAAGAGUAAGGGGAUAGGCAUGUGUAAAACAUACUUGCAAACAAGCAAUAAAUAGAGCAUGUAUGUACAAAGAGAACGAAAACAUGCUGUCACAGAGGGUAACCAAAUUUUAGACUUCACAGACAUCUGGUUGAUCAUAUAAUUAAGAUACUUUUAGGAAAGAAUGCUGCCUUAUGCUAUUCUGUUAAAUUAAAUUUCCUAUUGUAGGAUUAGAAUAUGGUGGUUUGCACAGCCAGUGGUAUUGUAUCUGGCUGGACAGGAAAGGAUCUUUAACCAAAUUUUUUGUCUUUUUCCAUUUCCAAUCCAGUUUGUGGUUUAGAUUUUCCUUUUUUUUUUUUUGUGGUUAACAAACAAAAGAGUCUAGAGAAGAACUUAUGUUUAUUGUUUCCUCAGCCCUGCUUUCACAGUUUCAUGAGGCAGUAUGGAAAAGCAUUUAUGGCAUAUUCUGCUGCUCCCUCUAUUGAACGCGCUGGUAGAAAAUCACAUGCUGUAGUUAAAAUGUGCAUUUGCUUUUGUUUUUUCUCAUGCUCAGCUUUUUUAAGCAGCUUUGCCAUUGAUCAGAGAUUAAUACAGUUUCUGAAAUGACCUACAUCAGCUUUAUUUUUGUAUCUUAAAAGUAGUCAUUCCCAGGCUAAGCGGUGUGUGUGUUUAAUUAAGAGGUAAUUUCCCACUGGUGACUGGGUGGUGGGUCUGAUGCAGCUACUGGUAUCAUUGUUCCUGUAACAAAGAUCUCCCUUCUUUUGCACCUGGGAAGUCUUCAGCAUUUCAUCUGUGUUUGUAGACAAGAAACAAGCUUCAUCUCCUGCUGUACUUGAGUGAAAAAUCUUUUUUUCUUUGGUUCUAAAUGGCUAGGAACAUAAUUUUCCUACUGAGGAAGGUUCCUUGAACUGUUUGGGUUUUGGUUUGUUUUUUUCAAGCCUGUGAAAUACCUGUGUAUGUGUUAGGUGCAUCCUGUGUUCCUAGGUGCCUUCUCUCUCACAUGCCUCCUUGCUGGGUCCUGAGGUGGCUUUUUGGAGGGAACGCCUGGUUGUAGUUUCCGGUUCUGUAGCUUUUUUCAUCACACAUCAGGCCAAAUACCAGCACAAUAAACAAUUCAUAUCCUCCCAUUUACUGAUGUGCAUACACCCCUGUGGAAAGAAGUGCGCUAUCGCUGGUUCUCCUCAUCUCUCAAUUAGAAUUCUGCCCCAUCCCAUCUUUGUAGGUUGUUAAUUCUUGUUGCCAUAGUACCUGGGGACCUGAGACAAAAACCAAUCCUUGUUUUCAGUGUGCUUUGACCUAAAAAUGUUUCCAGGCUAGAAGUAUAAAACUCAACUGGGAGAAGUUAAAGCAGAGGUUGGCAGGAAAUAGCGAAUAAAAGAGUGAAAUUAUCCUUCUUAAGCAGUCAGAGGACAGAGGGGUACGAGCUGCUUGGUAAUUUCUUGGCAUCACAGGUAAGUAAUUUGAGGAAUGUGUAGUUACUUAAUUUCUGGUUGGCUUGUUUUAUUUUACUACCUCAUUUCUAGGGAUGGAAUUGGGAAGAAAGCAUAAGUUUGGGUAAGAAUUGUUCUAGGUAGGCAAUUAAAACUGGAAUGAUGGGAGGACAGAGGCAAACACUUGUAUUUGGCUCUAACGUGCAAAUUCCUGAUGGAAUAAUAAAGCCAGCAAUUCAGUUUUCUAAGAUUAUACUUGCUUUUACUAUGUCUAUCUCCAAAAUAAACAAUUAAUAACAAGGCAGGGCAUUUUUAUUGGUGGUUUCUGACCUGUGGAAGAGCUGAUUGUCCACAGACCAAAAAGGUGGUAAUUUCAUAUUGGUUGCUACAGCUUUUAAAAGUGAAUGUCUGUUUUUUAGAAAACAGAUUAUUUUUUUUUAAUAUUCUCAUGUGCUCUUAAAGUGCACCUACACACAAUCCUGACUGUUUCCCUGUAUUUGCAGAGUUGUUUUCCUAAUGUACCCGAUCCUAGUACAGUCCUUAUUGCAUCUGAAUGCUAAUAAUGUGCAGACAGCCCAAUGUGGCUAAUACUAAGAAACCUCGACACGUUUUUAGUGUGUAAUGUAGUGGGUUUAUAAGCUCAGCUUGAAGUGUGCUACUGUUAGACCUGUAGCUGAGGGGUCAGAUGGAUGCACAGCUAGCAAAAGGGUGCUUAGAAGAAAUUUGCAGGAGGGAUGCCAAAGUUUUAUUUGCUUAAAAUAAAUGAUUUGAAAAGCAAUCAUGGGGGAAGGGGCAGGCUUCAUUAUUCAUAAAUACUUUGCUACGGCCUUGUCCAUGCUCAAAUUCUAGCUGCCAGGAUAGCUAGUGAGAAUCUACAUUGUGUUCAAAAGUUGUUGGUUGAAACUCCAACGUAAGACUAGAAUAAUGCAUUUUAUAUAUGCUAUUUCAGAUUGAUUGACACUGUCUCCCUGUUCUACUGUGAUAGUUCCAAUAUAGCAUUUUCUAAAGAAGAGAUGUUGAGGUUGGGUAACGCGAACCUCCUUGUCUUGAAGAGAGAUACAUGGGUUUGAGAAAGAAGAAACAUUGCUCUAGCCAUGUCCUGGUGCUUUUGUGUCUUGCUCUCUUGGCAGCAGAGGUUAUAAUAGAGCAGGAAGACAUGCUGGUGUUUUUCCAAGCUUCAUUGAUAAGAAGACUGCUAACAGCAGAUUUCAGUAUAUAAAUGAACAAGUUCUUUGGGAAUGCUUGUAUUUAGUUUCUCCUUAUUGAGUUUCAGAACAAACCUGGCCUCUGAUUACUGUUUGGUGUAGCUCAGUUGCACACUGAGCUUCUUGAGUUUAUCUACAUCUGGAGGAGAACUGAGCUUCUCCCUUGGGUUCUUCUGGAAUUUAUGGAUGUGGCCACUUCUCAACUUGUGUAAUGUGUUUUCUCCCAGGCUCGAUCUGUGUCACGAAAUGACUCGACUGAUUGCCCAGAUAUUCAUAGCAGGCUUGUUCUUCUGCCUUGCAUGCCUUAGUGAGCAGCUCUUACGGUGUCAACAGGGUUAGCAUUUGUGUCCAAGUUUGGGCAGCUAAUACCUCUGAGCUGACUGUUCUCACUGCAUCUCAAGCAGGUGUUACUGCAUCAGUUCUGCCAUUGCUCUGUUUUUCAAGGUUAUCUUGACAACCAUAGCAUCCUGUAAUCCUAGACAGUAAAGAAUAAAGCCACAGCAAAAAAAAAAAAAAAGCACAGGAGUGUUUGCCGGUUGAACGGUUUGAGUUUGGCCACUGGUCUUGGCAGGGAGUAAAAUCCAUUCUCGUGCAGCAUAGGUCUCUUUGGGGGAUGGCUACAUUUGAAGUGGAGAAUAUACCUAGAUCCACUUAAAGUCAGUAGGUAGCUGUGCCCCUUAUAUUUGGCAGUUACAGUAAGAAGUCACAUCAAGCCAAGAACAUCUACUAAUAAAAGUUCAUAUUUAGGGUAAUUAACUUUCAAGUGAAAAGGGAAGAGGCCUCAAUGCAAGUAAGCUCAUCAUCACGUUCUUAACCAUCACUGAAGUCGAUGGAAUGUAUCUGUGGGUCAAAACGUACGAGACCCCAGUUCAGCAAAGCUCUUUAAAUCUAAACUGGGGGAUUGUAGAGAUUAAUGGUGAAAGACCGAGCUCUAUUGAUUGUCAGAGGAAAGAGUCGAUUUACAUGAGGAAAGAGUUUCCUUCACAAGCCUCUGAGUAAAUGCUGGUUUUAUUGCUGACUCCUGUGGCCUUUCCAUGACUGCACAUGCCAUGCCUCUUUGACUGCUAGUUCUUACCGUAAAACAGGGUAAGCUUGGAGAAUGUUUUCUGACACAGGAGGAAAGAUCAACAACUUCUGCAUUAGCAGAUUGCCAGCAGUAAAGGGGCCGUACGUGGUGUGGGGAGGUCGUACGUGCAAAUGUCAGUUUAACCUGAGGCCUUUCCUCAGGUGUGUUUUCUCAUUUCAAAAAUGCAUCCCUCCAGGCUGGUGAACAGACCUGACAAGUUCAGCAGUGAUCAACAUCCACCACUGUUACUAGAGUUCAUGGGUUCUUGUUUAUCAGCUUGUUUAUCAGUUCCUGCCGUGUUGGCACAGCGCUUUGUGCUGGUAUAUAUGAUUUCUUUGUCAAAAAUUCAGGAUAAGCUGGAAAUAUCUGAGAUAUUUUGCCUGACUUCAGUUGGCAGGCUUAUAUGGAGUGGGCCAGGCAACAGUGGUGGAAAAAUCAGGGAAAAUACCUGUGCUUUUAAAAAUGUCUCCUCUGUGGCUUUGAAAGUCCAAGAAUUUCUCAGCCAGAGAAUGUAUUUCCUCCUCCUUUUUAUAAGCUACUUCUUUCUUUUGCCUUAUUAAUUGUGGAUCUGCUCCUGCUUCUAUUUAAAGCCAGAUGCAAAAAUCAGUGACCUGACUUUCCUAGGUAUAAUGUUGUAAAUCUGAAGAACCAGGUGAGUAGAUUACUCUAGUGUAAGAUCAUGCCCCCAUGUCUGUUCUUUUUGAGAUACAAGAUAGUUCCUGCCGUGUUGAAAUCACUGUGUGGAGGGUGUUGGGUACUUCAUAAGGAACUCCAAACUCUGCAGGACUGGGAUUCAUCUUACAACUUAAGUAUUUCAGUCUGAUUUUGGAGACCUCUGUAUGUCUUCUCUUCUGUUCGUGGUGUUCAAAAGUCUGUUGCUAUGGAAGUAGCACCUGAAGGUAUGUUUUGCCUGAAGAACCUGCAAUGAAGCAGUUACAUUAGCAAAUGGUAACGUACCCCAGAGUUGAGUAAAAUAACAGAGGCCACCAAGUUUUUCUUGUUCGUGUGAUGAAAUGUUGUCAAAUUAAGUGAUUUGUUGGAGCCUUCCUUUAACUUCUGUACAGCAGUAAGCUUAGAGGAAAAGAAGAUUGCAUUAUUUUUUAAAAAGCUUUAUUUGUGACCCGGACUUGUUGCCUCUGACCCUCUUGGGCUUAAAUAGUUAAAUUAUAUUAAUGUCCAGUUUGUUUCACUGUAGGUAACACAUCAACUGAAUACUCUUGUGCAUAAUCUACUGUAUCUUUCCUCUGUUCUGUGUCAAUGUAUUAUGUGUAUUUGGAUUACAGUUCUUUUUUGUAUUAAAUUAUUUUAUGUUAUAGAACAAUAUUUAAGUGAAGCAAAGAGCUAAUGGAAGUUGUUGGCGUUUUGGGAUUUCUUUUCUCUUUGCUCUUUUUUUGGAUGUACUGUAAAUUGUAAACCAAGGAUGCCAAGCAGGCUUGGUUCAAUGGCUAAAAUUAUUGUAUUACAGUGUAAUGCUGAUCUAGGCCUUGUCUCAACACUAGAGCACACAGACUUGAAUAAAACUGUUAUAAAAGU